UCUUAAGCCAGCUCCUGCUUCACCCCCAGCUACUCCACCUACAGAAAUGGCAGCCUUGAAUGGCUGGAAUGAGAGUUUCAACCAUGAUCUUGCCAUCCGAAGGUUUUGUCCUGCGCGAGUGGAGCAAGAGCAAGGAGAGUGGGAGUGGGAUGAGAAGAAACUACCGAUCAAUGAGUUUGAUGAUCUAUCUUCUCCCUCUGAUGCAACUACACUGCCUUGCUUGCCUGCUUCGGAGGUGGAUGAGUUUGUUGAUAGCUUCAUUAAUAUGGAUCAUUGCGACAAAGACGAGAUUGAAACCUUUUCCGUGGUGAAUGAUGUUUACGGCGAUGUUCCAAUGAUGAUGAUGAUGGAAGAAGAUGAAUUGGAAAUGAGCCAUGAAAUGGUGCCCGGUGUGGAGGAGAUGAGCCGUGGCGUGGAUCAAGGGCUUCACUUGGUGCACAUGUUGUUGGCUUGUGCCGAGGCUGUGGGGUGCAGGGACACCCAACUCGCAGACUCCAUUCUCGCCCAAAUCUGGGCUUCAGCUACUCCUUUCGGCGAUUCACUGCAACGAGUCUCCUAUUGCUUUGCGGCCGGAUUGAAGUCCAGGCUAUCGCUUUUCCAGAAUGUUAAUGCAAACGGAACAUUCACAGACGGUGCUAUUGGUAAUAAGUCGUUGGUGACAAGGGAGGAGGAAUUGGAAGCCUUUCGGCUCCUUCACCAAACAACUCCUUACAUUGCUUUCGGUUUCAUGGCUGCAAAUGAAGCUAUAUGUGAAGCUGCACAAGGGAAGGAGUCCUUACACAUCAUUGAUCUGGGAAUGGAGCAUACUCUUCAAUGGCCUUCUUUGAUAAGAGCCCUUGGAUCAAGGCCUGAGGGCCCUCCAAGGCUCCGAAUCACAGGUUUUGUCAGUGGUCACAAUGUCUUGGGGCUUGAGGGCAGCAUGAAAGAGCUUGUGGAAGAUGCUACCUCGCUAGGCAUAACACUAGAGCCCGUCAUGAUAUCAGAUCCAGUAACACCAUCACUUUUAACCAGAGAGAAGCUGAACUUGAGAGAAGGGGAAGCACUAUUUGUGAAUAGCAUCAUGCACUUGCACAAGUAUGUCAAAGAGAGUAGAGGGUCUCUAAAACCUAUCCUUCAAGCAAUCAAGAAGUUAUGCCCGACUGCGCUUACUGUUGUGGAGCAAGAUGCUAACCACAAUGGACCCUUCUUUCUUGGGAGAUUACUUGAAUCUCUACACUACUAUUCCGCCAUUUUCGAUUCCCUUGAGGUCAGCCUCCCGCGAAAUAGUGUCCAGAGGAUGAAGAUAGAGAGGCUUCACUUUGCAGAGGAAAUUCGGAACAUUGUUGCUUAUGAAGGCUGUGAUAGGAUUGAGAGGCACGAGAGGGUAGAUCAAUGGCGAAGACAGUUAGGCCGAGCCGGGUUUCAGGUAAUGGGAUUGAAGUGCAUGAGUCAAGCCAGGAUGAUGAUAUCAGUUUAUGGGUGUGAUGGCUAUACUCUGGCUAGUGAGAAGGGUUGCCUUCUCCUUGGAUGGAAAGGGAGACCCAUAAUGCUGGCAUCAGCAUGGCAAGUUCCCAAUGUUUUGUCCUCCUAGUCUCUUGCCCCUUGGAAGAUAUCGUUUUUAAUCAAUAGUUGAAUAGCAUUAGGAGGAAAUAUUAAGGUGUCGAGUAUUUGUGAUGGUAAGAAAAUUUAUUGUCCUAAGGACCUUUUAUAAGAGAAA